AUUGAUAAGGUUUUCUUUGUUGUGUUAAACCUAUUUUCUCUAAAUUUUGUGGGUGCAACACACCAGAAGUGCUGAGACAGCAAUACAGCUGAAGCUAUGUUACAACCAACACGAAAAUAAUAAAAUGGCGCUAGCAUAAGUUUGAACAUUUUUGUGUUGGUGGUUCCUGCUUGCAUUGUUAGUGUUUGAGUUUUAUGUGGUUGACCUUAAUAAUUUUAAGCGGUAUAACCUUUCAAUGUUACCCAACAGUCUUAGAAGCGCUAUCAUUUCCUGAAUAAUGGCAAGUUUUAAAGUUAACAUUAAAUGGGGUAAGACAAAGUUUGAUAAUGUGUUAGUCAAUCAAGGGGAAGCUCCAGAAGUUUUCCAAGCUCAAUUAUUCGCACUGUCAGGUGUUCCACUGGAGCGACAAAAAAUUAUGGCGAAAGGAAAAGCUUUGAAGGAUGGUUCUUGGGAUGGAUUUGUAUUAAAAGAUGGAAUGACCAUACUGAUGAUGGGAAGUGCAGAUGAAUUACCUGCUGCACCUGUUCAGAAAACACAAUUUGUAGAAGAUAUGUCUGAUUCUCAGUUAGCAAAAGCUACUGACUUACCUGCUGGAUUGACAAACUUAGGUAAUACAUGUUAUAUGAAUGCUACAAUACAAUGUUUAAAGAAUGUUCCAGAACUUAAGCAAGAAUUAAAAAGGUACAAUGGACAGCUUAGUUUUGGUGGUAUCAUGGCAAAUCCAUCAGAUGCUGUCACCAUAUCAUUGAGAGAUCUGUAUUCAAUGAUGGAUAGAGCUGCUGAUAGUUUCCCUCCUAUUAUGUUUUUACAGGUUUUACACACAGUAUUCCCUCAUUUUGCUGAAAAAACUGAGCAAGGUGUUUAUCAACAACAAGAUGCCAAUGAAUGCUGGAACCAAUUGGUCCGCAUGUUGCAUCAAAGGUUACCUUCAAUUAAACCAAAUGAAGAAACUCCUGCAGCAGAAGCAGCGUCAAAACCAGCAUCUAUGGUUGACCAAUACUUUGGUAUCGAUAUGAAAUCAUCAUUAAAAUGUGACGAGUCUGCAGAAGAACCUGAAACUCACUCGACAGAUCAAUUAUACCAACUGAGUUGUUUUAUUUCUCAAGAUGUCAAAUACAUGCACACUGGUCUUGUAUCGAGACUGAAAGAAUCUAUAACGAAACAUUCGCCAUCUUUGGGUAGGGACGCAUCUUAUACAAAAACAUCGGUUAUAAAUCGUUUACCGGCAUAUUUGACGAUACAAUUCGUACGCUUUUUUUACAAAGAAAAAGAAAAAGUAAACGCAAAAAUUUUAAAGGAUGUGAAAUUUCCGCUCAACUUAGACGUAUAUGAACUAUGCAGUCCUGAGCUUAAAACAAAACUUAAGGUUAUGAGGGACAAGUUUCAAGAAGAGGAGGAGAAAGUGGCUGAAAAGAAAUUAAAAAUGAUAAAAGAUGAGAAACAGGAAAAUGGCAACAAAACAGAGACUGUUUUACCUAGUUCCUUUGCUGAUGACAUUGGGUCAAACAAUAGUGGAUACUAUGAACUGUCAGCUGUUUUAACUCAUCGUGGAAGAUCUUCUUCGUCCGGCCAUUACGUGGCUUGGGUUCGUCGUAAAGGCGACGAGUGGCUUAUGUGUGAUGAUGAUAAUGUUAGUAAUGUCACCUCGCAAGAUGUAUUGAAAUUGUCUGGAGGAGGAGAUUGGCACUGUGCUUACGUUCUAUUAUAUGCCCCAAAGAAGUUAACUAUAACUGAAUAAACGAGCCACUGCUUUUCUCGCCAGUGUGAAUUGGCUUCAACCUCGUUUUGUACUAGAAAACCCUGGCAAUAUUAUUGUGGAGGUGCUAUCAAGAAGGGGAAGAAGAAGAAGAAGAAGGAGAAUUCAUUUUAUUUCCUAAACAUUUCUUACACAUUUUCAAUGUACCGAAUGCUGAUUUCUAAAUAACUUAAUGUCAACAUU